AUGGGGACUAAGGCCACCGAAGAAAUCAUCUCAAUCGUCCGGUCGAUCGUCGGCGACGAAUUUUCCGAUAUGGACAUAAUUCGAGCACUCCACAUGGCCAAGAACGACCCAACCGCCGCCAUCAACAUCAUCUUCGACACUCCCAGAAGCUUCAGGAAGCCUGAACUCCCCAAGAAGUCCCAGCCCUCCAACAGUAAUUGGAGCUCAGAGUUUCCUACAGUGAUUGCUUCCAGAGAAAAUCGGGAUGGUGAUCGUGGUGAGGAUUCUGAUACCUGCUUGAAACGAAGCGGGAGUUUAAACAAUAGUGUCUGGGGAAUGGAGGUUGAGGUAGAUGGGAGUGACGUUAAUGCAGUGGCUGAAGAACUGGGGAGUGAGUGGUGGUUUGUGGGGAACGGCGAGGUGUCAGGGAUGUCCACUUGUAAAGGGAGGAUCUUGAGGCCUGGUGAUGAGGUGAAUUUCACUUUCCCAACCGAGAAAAAGAUGGCAGCACCUUCACCUGGAAAGUUAAAGGGUGGCCGGGCCCGGCAGGUGGCUGGGUGCUCUGAGAUUGUAAGGUUUUCUACCAGUACUUGUGGAGAGAUUGGCCGUAUUCCAAAUGAAUGGGCUCGGUGUCUUUUACCUCUUGUGAGAGAUAAAAAGGUUUGUCUUAAGGGUUAUUGCAAAUCAUCUCCUCCUGUCCUGGGGAUUAUGGACACUGUUGUCUUAUCUAUAAGAGUGUAUAUCAAUAGCUCCAUGUUUCAAAAAAGCCAUGUGACUUCAAUUAAGGGGUCCAGUAACUCUUCGGAGGAGUCAAUUGUUCACCCCCUUCCAACUUUGUUUAAACUGCUGGGACUUUCUCCUUUUAAGAAGGCAGAAUUCACUCCAGGUGAUCUGUGCACAAAGAAAAGGCCUUUAAAUGCUGUGGACAGCUCUUUUUUACCUCCACCAUUCCUACAUAUAAAUAAGUCCAAGAGCACAUCUCCAGGAGAUGAAAACAAUGUCGAAAAUGAUGAGUCAAUUUCCGAUAAUGACCUUGACAAUAUUGUUGGUGUCACAGACAACUCAGUGUUAGAGGAAAUGGAACCGUCUAGUACCCUGCUAUGUGAUCUUCGGCCUUACCAGAAGCAGGCUCUUAAUUGGAUGGUUCAUCUGGAGAGGGGACAUUGUAUUGAUGAGGCUUCAACAACUCUGCACCCUUGUUGGGAUGCUUAUCGCCUAGCUGAUAGAAGGGAAUUGGUUGUAUACCUGAAUUCCUUUUCUGGUGAUGCUACGGUGGAAUUUCCAAGCACACUCCAAAUGGCUAGAGGAGGAAUUUUGGCAGAUUCCAUGGGACUUGGAAAGACUAUCAUGACUAUAUCUCUCCUUCUCACCCGAUCUGAAAGAGGUGGAUCCACAUGUAUUGCAUCUACCAGCCAAUCAUCUAAUGAUAACAGUGAAGCAAGCUACAGUUCAGACAAAUCUCCAAUACCUCUAAAGAAAGCAACAAAGUUUACUGGUUUUGAAAAGCUCAGGAAACAAAGAGCCAUGCUUGUCAGUGGUGGCAGUCUAAUUAUCUGCCCCAUGACACUUUUAGGCCAGUGGAAGACAGAGAUCGAAACUCAUGCUCAGCCAGGGGCUUUGUCACUUCAUGUUCAUUAUGGACAAAGUAGAACAAAGGAUCCAAAAUUCCUUGUGCAAACUGAUGUUGUGCUAACUACUUAUGGAGUGCUAGCUUCAGAAUUUUCAGCAGCGAAUGCAGAGGAUAAUGGGGGACUAUUUUCGGUCAGAUGGUUUAGGGUGGUUCUUGAUGAGGCACAUACCAUAAAAUCGUCGAAAAGUCAAGUUUCUAUUGCUGCUGCUGCUCUUGCUGCUGAUUGUCGGUGGUGCCUUACUGGGACACCUAUCCAGAAUAACCUGGAGGAUGUUUUCAGUCUGCUUCGAUUUUUGAAGAUUGAACCAUGGGGAAACUGGGCAUGGUGGAAUAAGCUAGUCCAGAAACCUUUUGAAGAGGGUGAUGGAAGGGGAUUAAAGUUGGUCCAAUCUAUUUUAAAGCCAGUCAUGUUAAGGAGAACCAAGUCUAGCACCGACAAGGAAGGCAGGCCUAUUUUAGUUCUGCCACCUGCAGAUGUUCAAGUAGUAUAUUGCAAUCUUACGGAAGUCGAGAACGAUUUUUAUGGAGCAUUGUUUAAAAAAUCAAAGGUUAAGUUUGAUCAGUUUGUGGAGCAAGGACGUGUUCUCCAUAACUAUGCUUCAAUUCUGGAACUACUCUUACGUCUUCGUCAAUGUUGUGAUCAUCCAUUUCUUGUUUUAAGCCGAGGAGACACUCAGGAGUACUCUGAUCUGAAUAAACUUGCGAAGCGUUUCCUCAAAGAUGGCUCGGAGAAUGAUGGCCCGAACAGCGAAGUACCUUCCCGCGCUUAUAUUCAGGAGGUAGUGGACGAGCUACGCAAAGGGGAACAAGGUGAAUGCCCGAUAUGCUUAGAGGCUUUCGAAGAUGCUGUGUUGACUCCUUGUGCUCACCGACUUUGCCGAGAGUGCCUUUUAUCCAGCUGGAAGGGCUCUUCAACUGGACUUUGCCCCGUUUGUAGGAAGACAUUUAGCAAACAGGACCUCAUCACUGCCCCUACUGAGAGUCGGUUUCAGGUUGAUAUUGAGAACAACUGGGUGGAGUCGUCUAAGGUCUCAGCACUAAUGCGCGAACUGGGACAUCUACAGUCGACGGGCUCCAAAAGUAUUGUCUUCAGUCAGUGGACUGCCUUUCUGGAUUUGCUGCAGGUUCCUCUUUCUCGGAGUAAUAUCAAAUUCCUUCGUCUGGAUGGGACCCUGAACCAGCAACAGCGUGAGAGAGUGAUAAAGCAGUUUUCGGAGGAAGAUGACAUCAAAGUAUUACUCAUGUCGCUGAAGGCCGGUGGAGUUGGUAUAAAUCUCACUGCAGCCUCUAAUGCUUUUGUCAUGGACCCAUGGUGGAAUCCGGCAGUUGAAGAACAAGCAGUUAUGCGGAUUCAUCGCAUUGGGCAAACCAAAAGUGUGAUUAUCAAACGGUUUAUUGUGAAGGGGACUGUUGAGGAAAGAAUGGAAGCAGUACAAGCUAGAAAGCAGCGCAUGAUAACCGGCGCUCUUACUGAUCAGGAAGUCCGAUCUGCACGUAUUGAGGAGCUUAAAAUGCUCUUCACGUAG